AUGGCGACUGAGCUCAGAGGAAUUUUUACCGUCAUGCAAUUGAGUAAACUUUCUGAUUUUGAGGGACAAGAUGCAACCGAAUUAAUUGGGUUUGCUGGCAUUCCAAGAUCUGGCGGUACGAUUGGACCAAUCCAGUCAAAGCGUCUCAAGGAUUUCUUUGACUAUGCGACCGCACCUUCUGCGAGUCUCCCUCCGGACCUUACCUACACCAAGAUUCGAACCGUUCUUGAAGCACGAGCUAAAGCGGUAGAAGCUGCAGUUCUAGGCUCCAUGACUGGCGAUGGAACUUCCGUCGCGCCUACUAGCUCAGACUUCAAGUUCAAAGCCCCAGUAUGCGAUCUAUUUACUGGCGAGCCCGAGGAAUUUUGGGGUUGGUGGGAUUCUGUCCUAUUGGCGUUCGGUCAGUCAGGCAUCUCUGAAGCUUUGACUGAUCCAGAAUACCACAACAAGAGCGACAGUGCUGCCAAAGCGUCUAGUGCUGGAUGGUAUGCCAUUGCGAAAAGUCUCCAAGGCGGUCACGCCAAUUGGAUGUCUGGUGAGGUCAGCCGACACACCAACCGCAAAGUUGCUAAUGAUUUCUAUAAGAAACUAAUGAAGACUUUCAAUACUGAAGAGAACCAAGCCCAUUUCAUGGUACAUGCGAUCGACAGUUUGAAUGAGAUCAAGUUGGAUCAUACCAAGCAAGUUCACAAAUUUAUCAACGAUUGGAAGCAAAUCAUCAAUCGGUUGAAUGAAAACAAGAACCAGCUUGCGACCAACAGAGAGAUUCUACGAGUAUUUUUACUUCGUGCAUUACAGUCUGAUGCCUUUGAAGAAUCGAGACAAUUCAUUCUUCGGAACCCUUUGAAGACCAUUGAUGAUUACUUGGAUCAUAUCCGAAAUCGAGCCGAUUCGAUGAGGAUGCUAAGUGGCGACCCCCCAAUCCGUGAAGAUGGGGAUAUUGUCCCUGGGAUAAUCCGCCGGGCCGAAUCUCGAACCAAGACCAAGGGAUCCGACCCUCCUAAAUGGCACAUUCCAUUUUUUCCUAAUGGAUGGAAGCAAGCAUUGGGAAGGGGACCUUUCAAGCGUUUGGAAGAAUGGCGCCGUGCGGCUCAUGGUACUAAUAAGCGUCCACGCGACCUCGAGAAGGAAUUUGAUAUGAAGAAAGUUCGUAACAAGUCCUAUGAUCCCAACCUUGAUCGCAAAACAAAGAAAGCUCGCCGAGGAGCUACUGAAACUGAGGAAGACGAAACUUCUCAGGACGGCACCACUGAUUCCAGAUCUCACAAGUUCAGAAUUCGUGUGCUCCGCCGUACCACUUCUCCUCCUGAACCUAAUGAACCCGUCCUGAUCACGGACAGUGGCGCCGACCAAUUCUUGGCAGGCUACAUCUGGAGGAGACUUAGUACUACGGGAAGACUGGUUGAGCUCAUGGGAGCUUUGGCAGGUAGACAUUCUGGAACGGUUCUGCCAGUGGCAUCUGUCGUCGGAAAAUUGAUUGACGCUGCUGGCAAGGCAUGGUGUGCAGUCGCCAACGAAGUCCUUCACGACACGAGUCCAAACCAGCAUGAAUCCUUACUCCCACCGGCGCAAGUACGUAAUGCGGGCAAUGCAGUCGAUGAUUGCCCAUCUGACGCAAAGACGACUCGCGGGGACUUUGGAACCCAAUGUUGUGUGUUUGGUUCGGGAAAAGAAAAGCACACGCUCCCAUUAUUCUUUGAUGGAUUGAAGUGCUACUAUCGAAUGGAGGCCAUCACCGAUGACGAACUUUCAUCUUUGCCACGAAUUGUUCUCACUGGAGAUGCGGAAUACGAGCCGACUAGCCGGACUACAACUCGCCGAAUGAACACGGACGAAAUUGAUUGGAAACGGACCAUGGCUUUUCCCCCUGAUGAUGUCUUGAAACAUACUCUUGAAGCGACCACUCAACUAAUACCUG